GAAUAUCUUUGUGGUCCAAUAUAUAUAUGCAAUUAUAGUGCAGCUCCCACAUCUAGCUAGCAAUCUAGUUUUCCUUCUUCAUCAUACUGCCUUUCAUUUCGUUCCAAGAGACAGGAAUCAACAAUAUGGGUGUUCUCGAUCGUAUCUCGGAGUAUUUCGAUGUUUCCACCCCGAAGAAGAAGAAGCGCAAACCGAUGCAGACGGUCAAGAUAAAGGUUAAAAUGGAUUGCGAUGGCUGCGAAAGGAAAGUUAGGAAUGCUGUUUCCUCCAUGAAAGGGGCAAAAUCAGUAGAAGUAAACAGAAAGCAGAGCCUAGUGGUCGUGAGCGGCUAUGUAGAACCGAGGAAAGUGCUGGAGGAAGUGAAGAGCACGGGAAAGAAGGCAGAGUUCUGGCCGUACGUGCCCAUUGACUUGGUCGCUUACCCGUACGUGCCCCAAGCCUACGACAAGAAGGCGCCAUCUGGUUACGUGAAGAACGCGCCCCAAGCUCAGGCUGACCCGGAUGCGCCUGGUGAGGUCUUGGCAAACUACUUCAGUGAGGAGAACCCCAACGCAUGCUCCAUCAUGUGAUUUGUGUCUUGUUUAAACGUAUGAUGAGGGAGAACCCUAAUCCUAAUGAGGAAGAUGGCACUGGAAAGCCGCUGAUGGGAAUCGAAAUCGGGGUUAUUAUGAGUUGAAGACAGGGUAGGGUGUCACCGGAUACAAUUUUUUUUCUCAGAUUAAGUAAAUUUCGGUCUUUUUGUUUUUUCUCAUCAUGUGAAAAAUUUUGCUUUCGUGUUGGCCUAGUUAGUCUCAUAUGAUGGUGAAUCUCGUUUGUGGUCAGGGAAGGCAAACAGAAGUAUUGCGUGUGUGCGCUUCUAAAUGAAUUAUAGAGGUAAUUAUAUAUUUCUAUAAUAUUUAUCUCAUCCGUAAGUUUACACCUA